UUUUGUUAAUUUAAAAAAAAAAAAAAAGGAGUAUUUUUAAGCGUAAGGUUGAGCCGAUAAGGCAAGCAGAGGAAUUCCGAGGAAGAAAAGAAUCAUUGACAAUGGCACUCGUUGAUUAUGCAUCUUCUUCAGAGGAUGACGAGCCUCGAAUCGAAGCAGGACAAGAACAAGAACAAGUAAAAGUCACAGAAGAGAAACUAUUCCAGUCUCAGGACGAUCAUUCAACUCGCUUCCGCAAGAGUUCAGGGUUGUCAUUGACUAAAAAAACAGAGAAAAUUUCUAAUCAGCCAGAGUGUUCUGAACUGCAACUUCCUGAUGCCUCACUCCUCUUGGAUUCACCUGCUUUUUCAUCUCAUCUUGUGACUGAUUCAGACCACUCAUCUCGAGUUGGAGUUGCAAUGGCUGAAAACGCAUCUCGGAAGAGGGCCUUAAAUUGUUCUCCUGCCAGUCAUGUACGUAGUAAAGUCCCAAAGGGAACCUUGCCUCCUCCCAAGAAUGUUCCAGAUACAGUAGGUGGCCAUUUACUUCCACCUCAGCUUACUGGAAGGAAAAACGUUGUUACAGAGGACAUAAGCAAGCUCUUUGUAAGAAAGCAUGCCAAUACUUGAUGACACUAAAUGUACAAGUUGGUGGUAUCUUGUAAUGUUACCAUUGUCUUCGAUAUGUCAGUUUAGAAACGCUUUGAAUUUAAGGGUCGUUCCUGUAAGACCUUAUGAAUAUGGUCCUAUAAUGUAACCAAUUUGUUACUAAGCUUUUGUCCAUCAAAUAAGAUGCCAAAAUUUGUGGGUGUGACUGAUGGUUGAUACAUUUGCACUUGCUGAUCGAAUUUUAGCAUACUUUUUAAUUCA